GGGAGACCCCGCGCCGGGCGCCGCUCAGGCCUCACGGUGACAUGGAUGAUGAGGACGGGCGGUGCCUGUUAGAUGUCAUCUGCGAUCCGCAGGCCCUGAACGAUUUCCUCCAUGGAUCCGAGAAGAUUGACAGUGACGAUCUCCUGGACAAUUCCGGCGAUGCCGCCAGUGCCUUUUUCGAGGGUGCUGGGCUCCACGGGCAGGAAACCACGGGCGGCAACCCGCUGAGCGCCGAACCGAGCCAACCGCCGGCCAGCGUGGACCUGGACUUCCUGGAGGAUGACAUCCUGGGCUCGCCGGGCCCGGGCGCCGGCGCGGGCGCCGAGCAACCGUGCGACAUCCUCCAGCAAAGCCUGCAGGAGGCCAACAUCACCGAGCAGACGUUGGAGGCCGAGGCCGAGCUGGACCUGGGCUCCUUCCAGCUGCCGGCGCUGCAGCCGGUGGUGCAGGCGGCCGACGGCACGCCCCAAAUCUUCUCCGGCGGCGCCGACCUCUUGGGCUUGCAACCUCCGGCCGUGCUGGCCCCGCAGGCUUUGGUGCAACCGCCGGACGUGGUCAACAAAGCCAUCAGCGUCCAGCCCUUCCUGCAGCAGGUGGGCUUGGGCAACGUCACCAUCCAACCCUUGCCAAACUUGCCCGGUUUGCCCAACGGUAGCCCCGGCGGCGCGUUGGGGUUGGGACCCAUCCAGGUGGUCGGUCAACAGGUGAUGGCCAUCAACCAACCGGCCGCGCCGCAGCUUCUGGCCAAACCGGCGCCGGUGGCGGCCGUGGGCGGGUACAUCGCCCAGCCCGAGGCGGCCGCGGCGCAGGGCGCGGGGCUGGUGAUCCAGAAGAGCCUCCCCGCCGUGGCCACCACCACGCUGAACGGCAGCUCGGUGUUCGGCGGGGUCUCGGCGGCGUCGGCGCAGCCGCUCACCGUCACCUCGGGGCUGGGCGGUUCUUUGGUGCCGGCGCCCAACGUCAUCAUCCACCGCACGCCCACGCCCAUCCAGCCCAAACCCGCCGGCGUGCUGCAGCAGAAGCUUUACCAGAUCACGCCGAAACCCUUCGCUCCCGGCGGCGCGCUGGCGCUGCCCGGCGAGGCUCCGGCUAAAGCUCAACAAAACUUGACUUUCAUGGCCGGCAAAGCCGCGCCCAACGUGGUGCUCCAGAGCUUCCCCCCCAACGUCUUCAAGCCGCCGCCGCCGCAGCCGCCGGCGUUGGGCAAGUCCAUGAGCGUGCACGUGCUCAACCAGGGCGGAUCCAUCGUCAUCCCGGCGCAGCCCUUCCAAGGCCAAAACCAAUUCCUGCUGCCGGGACAGCUCGCCGGCGCCUCGGCCGUGCCUCUCCCCCAGCCUCUCUCGGCGCUGCCGGCCAACGUCGGCGGCCAGCUGCUGCCGGGAGCCGGCCAAACUCACAUCAUCGCCGGCCAAGGCGCCGGCGCGCAGCUGCUGGCCAACCCCGCGCUGCCGGCGCAGCUGCUCAACCAAAACCUGGCCGGACAGCUCAACCUGGGCCCGGUGCUGGCGUCGCCGGGCGCGGCGGGCACGGCUCACAUCCUGUCGGCCGCUCCCAUCCAGCUGCAGCCGGGCCAGGUGGCGCCGCCGGCGCUGUUCCAAAUGCCGGUGUCUCUCGCCGGGCCGUUGCCCAGCCCCGGUUCGGCGACGGCGCCGGCGCCCACGGUGAUCCAAGGCGUGACUCUGGCCAGCCCGGUGGCCAUGCUCAACGCCGGGGAUGGUUUGGGAGCCGCCGUCAGCAUCCAGGCGGCCGCGGGCAGUCCCGGCGCCGGGGGCGGCUCCGGCGCCGAGCCCGGUUCCGGCGGCGCCGCGCAGGCGACGCCGGCGCCGUUGGGGGCCGGGAGCGCCCAGCCCAGCCCCGGCAUGGCCGCGAGUCCGGAGAAAAUCCUGCUGGGAACGGCGGCGCCGGUGCUGGGCCAGGAAACCGUGCCCAUGUUCCUGCAGCAGGUGCCCCAGGGGCUGCUCCUGCAGCCGAAGCCGCCCCCGUCCAGCCCGGCCCCGUUCCCGGCUCCGGCCGCUCCCGUCCUGGUUCCGGCGGCUCCGGGAGCGCCGGGCCCGGCCCUCGGAGGCGGCGCCGGGAGCGCGGCGGCCUCAGGUGGGUCCGACCUGCCCAGAGCCCCGAACGCCCCCGAUCCUGAGAGCCCAACGCCCCAAACCCCAGCAUCCCCCAGUUCCCGUUCCCAGUUCCCAUUCCCAUUCCCAGUUCCCAUUCCCAGUUCCCAUUCCCAGUUCCCAUUCCCAGUUCCCAUUCCCAGUUCCGUGCUGUUCCCUCCCCGGCCGACUCGAAGCCGUUCUCCAGCGCCGCCGUUCCCGUUCCCGUUCCCGGGAAAUCGGGGGCUCCCCUCCCCCCCCAGCAGCCAGGCCAGGUUUUCCCACGUUAAUUCCAUUUUUUGUACCCCCUUUAAUUCCUGUUUUUCCUCCUUUCGUUCCUGUUCUUUCCCCCUUUCAUUCCAUUUUUCCCACUUUAAUUCCCCUUUUCCCCCUUUAAUUCCACUCUUCCCUCACUUUUCCCCACUUUUCCCUGUUAAAUUUCACAGUUUUCCUGCUCUUCCCAAUUUUCCCAAUUCUCCCACUUUUUAUUUCCUGUUUCUUUCAAUUUUAUUUCCCCUUUCUUUCAUUUUUAUUUCCCAGUUUUUCAUUUUUAUUUCCCAGUUUUCUCCCUGUUUUUUUCACCUUUGGGGUGUCCCCGUCCUGUCCCCCCCCCCCGCCCCCCCCCCCCACCUUUCCCAGCCCUGGGAAUUUCCUGGGUUUUCCCAAUAUUUUUUCCCAAUUUUUUUCCCAAUUUUUUCCCGUUUUUUUCCGCAGGCGAAGCCGGGUGGGAUCAAGGCCCCCCCCCAGACCUCGGGGGGUGGGAAGGCCCCGCCCAUGCUGGAGCCGAAGCUGGCGCUGAAGAAGCCCCCGGUGCUGCAGCCCAGUAAGGAGGCCUGUCUCCUGGAGCAGCUGCACAAGCACCAGGGCUCCGUCCUGCACCCCGAGUUCCGGACCCCGUUCCGCUCCGUGGGGGACGCCCUGCGGCGCCUGCUGCCCUACCACGUGUACCAGGGGGUGCUGCCGGGGGACCCCGAGUGCCGGAGGGUGGACGAGGAGUUCGAGGCGGUGUCGGAGCAGCUCCUGCGCCGCACCCGGGCCAUGCUCAACAAAUACCGACUGCUGCUGCUGGAGGAGUCCCGGCGCUCCAGCCCCUCGGCAGAGAUGGUGAUGAUCGACCGGAUCUUCAUCCAGGAGGAGAAGACGGCGCUGGCGCUCGACCGGCAGCUGGCACGGGACCGGCCCGACGAAUACGUCUCCUCUUCCUCAUCCUCCUCCUCCUCAUCCUCCUGCUCCACCUCCUCCUCCCGCUCCCACCCCCUCCCCCCUUCCUCCUCCUCCUCCUCCUCCUCCUCCCUGCCCCUCCCCCAACCCUCCCCCGCCCCUCCCCCUCCCGCCCCUCCCCCUCCCGCCCCCCCCAAAUUGCUCAUCAAGCACGGGGGGGGCUCCCCGAGCGUCACCUGGCUGGGGGAGGGGCGCGACCCCCCCCGGGACCCCCCUCGGGAACUUCGGGGGGAUCCCCCAAACCCCCGGGGCGGGGAUUCCCGGGGGGAUUCCCGGGGGGAUUCCCGGGGGGAUGAGGACGCUCUCCCGUCCCGGUCCCGGAGCCGCCCCCCGAUGAAGACGUACGAGGCUCGGAGCCGCAUCGGCCUCAAGCUGAAGAUCAAGCAGGAGGCCGGGCUGAGCAAAGUGAUCCACAACACCGCGCUGGAUCCGCCGGGAAUCCCGCCGGGAAUCCCGCCGGCAACGGCGCAGCUCAACGGUUCCUUGGAGAAAAAACCUCCCCCCGCGUCGUCGUCGUCGUCGUCGUCGUCGUCGUCGUCGUCUCUUCCUCCCGCCGCUCCGUGCCGGCUGCCGCUGAGGAAGAGUUACCGGGAGAGCCCCGAGCGGCGGGAGCCGCCGCGCUCCGAGCGCCGCCCGGUGAUCGCGGCGCUGCGCCGGGAGCCGGCCCCGGGGAGCCGCGGGAAGGGACCCCCGGAGGAGGCGUCGGACGGCGAGGAGGAGGAGGAGGAGGAGGAGGAAGGAGGAGCGGCGAGCCGCGGCGGGCCCGGGUCGGAUCCGCCGCCGUGGGGCGGGAAGCGGCGGCGGGAGGAGGCGCUGGACGUGGACAACGCUUCCUUCUCCAGCGACAGCCCCCAGGACGAUUCGCUGAGCGAGCACCUGCAGAGCGCCAUCGACAGCAUCCUCAACCUGCAGCAGCCCCGCGUCCCGCCGGGAUCGGGAUCGGGAUCGGGAUCGGGAUCGGGAUCGGCGCCGGGAUCGGCCUCGCCCUUCCCGGUUCCCCCCCGGCGCCCCGAGCCCCUCCUGCCCCCCCCCAGCCACAACGGCGGCCUCGGAGCCGCCCGGACGUGCACGAGAUGACCCCGGGCAGGGAACGGCA